GGUCCUGACGUUGAUCUUUGAGUGCACGGCGCAAGCUCUGAAUAGUUGUUGUGGGCUUUGUUGCGAAAGUAAGCAGGACUUACCUGCCGUUGUUUUCGGAAAUUAUUCGCUGAGAGGCUAAAAUAAGAUGCCGACUAUAAAAUUACAGAGUUCGGAUGGCGAGCUGUUUGAGGUCGAUGUAGAAAUCGCAAAACAGUCAGUCACCAUCAAGACCAUGUUGGAAGAUUUGGGGAUGGACGAUGAAGGAGAUGAUGAUCCAGUGCCUUUACCAAAUGUGAAUGCAGCCAUACUCAAAAAGGUAAUCCAGUGGUGCACCCAUCACAAAGAUGACCCCCCUCCCCCGGAAGACGAUGAGAACAAGGAGAAGAGAACAGAUGACAUCCCUGUGUGGGACCAAGAAUUCCUCAAGGUUGACCAGGGCACACUCUUUGAACUUAUUCUGGCUGCAAACUACUUGGACAUCAAAGGGCUGUUAGAUGUCACCUGCAAGACGGUGGCCAACAUGAUCAAAGGCAAGACCCCGGAGGAGAUCCGCAAGACGUUCAAUAUCAAAAACGAUUUCACAGAGGAAGAGGAGGCACAGGUGCGCAAGGAGAACCAGUGGUGUGAGGAGAAAUGACGUGGACAUGAGCUACAGUACGCCCUGUGUGUGGACUCUGCUAGAUAACCAGCUGCACUGCACUGUUCAUAUUUAUGGAUAGCUGUCAUAUUAGACUGCUCGAGUGGCAGAUCUCCCCCUCUCCCCCCUCCCCCAAGUGUAGUCACAGCAUGCUCACUGACAUUGGCCGUGUGGUUCAGAUCAUGGAAAAAAAAAAAAGUUAAAAAAAUCAGCGGACUUUAAUAUUAUUCUUUGUAGGUGUGAGAGAUUGCUCUUAUAAACAACUGCAGCCACUCUUGCAGACCACCUCAUGUGUUUUGUGUUUCCCAUGAAACAGUAGGACAGCUUGAUGCAAUGUUUUUUAUAUAACACAGCCUUUUGUUUACUGAUUUUUAGGAAGUUUUAGGACAAAUGUUUUUUUGGGGGGGUUGGGAGGGGGGGCUCUGUGGGUUUGCUAAUGAAGCUUGAAUAUAAUUAAUUGAAAGACACUCUGUGAACUGGACGCACUUGUAUAAAAAUGUUGGGUGUUUCAGUUUUUGGAUUUUUAUUCUGCCUGUUACUGUUGUUUAUUGUAUUCGGUUGGGUCUGCCAAUUGACCAUGCAACCAACCACUGUAAUUGAAGGAAGGAAUAUAAAGUGAAGUACAGAA